GCGAAGUCACAAAUUAUCGAAUAAAAUUUAUUGUUUUUGGCUAAGUUAAACACGAUUUUCGUGAAGUUAACUAGCUUUGAAUGACUUACUAGGUUAGGGAGUUGUUGGUGGCAAGUCCAUGACCUGAGGAAUCAUAAGAGCUAGACCAUGGGUUGGAACCAUUGAUUUUGAACCCAUCAUCUCUUUCUAGAAUGAAAGUUGUAAGCUAAAGAUUGCUUAAUCAUGAUUCUUUGUUCAUUUUAAACCUGAUUUCACAAUUUGUCAAACUUUAAGUUUUUUUUUUUGAAUUUAUCACAAUUUUUCAACAACGUUUUAAUUCCCACAAAAACCUAUAAAAAAAGUCAAAAGUAAAAAAAUAUUUUUAUCGAUACUUCAUGCUGCUCAUUAUGAUUUACCGUCAAAGUUUACGACAAUCACGACUUUCUCGAUUGUUUAACGUUUUUUUCGUGAAUUUUCUGUGAAAAUAUUCACCAAUUAUGAAUUCCGACUUUUUUGUAUAAAAGCCGCGCUUAACUUCAACCAAAUCAUCAAUCAACUUUCAUCAAUUCAAAGUGAUCAGUUCAAAAAUAUCAAAAGAAAAAACAACUUCAAAAAUGGAUUCUUUCAAAUUCUUCGCAAUUUUCGUCCUUUUCAUCGCUCAAUUGGUCAGCUUGGCUUAUGGCGGAUCCGACACUUACUUUGAAUCAUCAUCAGAAAUGCCAAUUUCAUCAUCUUACUAUGAACCAACCCUUGGAGUUCUACCAAGUGGAUGUUAAGAAGUCAAUAAAGACGAGAUGGUUUGGAGAGUUUACUGUGGAUUGAUGUGAAUUAUAACAUAAAAUGUGGAUUGAAUUUUUUUAUAUAUUUAUAUGGAAAAGGAUUUUAAUAAAGAAAUUUGAAAAAUAAAAAAAAAAACAUUUUAUUUUCUUUCUUAGAUAUAGGUUAGGUAUAGGUUAGGUAUAGGUUAGGUAUAGGUUAGGUAUAGGUUAGGUAUAGGUUAGGUAUAGGUUAGGUAUAGGUUAGGUAUAGGUUAGGUAUAGGUUAGGUAUAGGUUAGGUAUAGGUUAGGUAUAGGUUAGGUAUAGGUUAGGUAUAGGUUAGGUAUAGGUUAGGUAUAGGUUAGGUAUAGGUUAGGUAUAGGUUAGGUAUAGGUUAGGUAUAGGUUAGGUAUAGGUUAGGUAUAGGUUAGGUAUAGGUUAGGUAUAGGUUAGGUAUAGGUUAGGUAUAGGUUAGGUAUAGGUUAGGUAUAGGUUAGGUAUAGGUUAGGUAUAGGUUAGGUAUAGGUUAGGUAUAGGUUAGGUAUAGGUUAGGUAUAGGUUAGGUAUAGGUUAGGUAUAGGUUAGGUAUAGGUUAGGUAUAGGUUAGGUAUAGGUUAGGUAUAGGUUAGGUAUAGGUUAGGUAUAGGUUAGGUAUAGGUUAGGUAUAGGUUAGGUAUAGGUUAGGUAUAGGUUAGGUAUAGGUUAGGUAUAGGUUAGGUAUAGGUUAGGUAUAGGUUAGGUAUAGGUUAGGUAUAGGUUAGGUAUAGGUUAGGUAUAGGUUAGGUAUAGGUUAGGUAUAGGUUAGGUAUAGGUUAGGUAUAGGUUAGGUAUAGGUUAGGUAUAGGUUAGGUAUAGGUUAGGUAUAGGUUAGGUAUAGGUUAGGUAUAGGUUAGGUAUAGGUUAGGUAUAGGUUAGGUAUAGGUUAGGUAUAGGUUAGGUAUAGGUUAGGUAUAGGUUAGGUAUAGGUUAGGUAUAGGUUAGGUAUAGGUUAGGUAUAGGUUAGGUAUAGGUUAGGUAUAGGUUAGGUAUAGGUUAGGUAUAGGUUAGGUAUAGGUUAGGUAUAGGUUAGGUAUAGGUUAGGUAUAGGUUAGGUAUAGGUUAGGUAUAGGUUAGGUAUAGGUUAGGUAUAGGUUAGGUAUAGGUUAGGUAUAGGUUAGGUAUAGGUUAGGUAUAGGUUAGGUAUAGGUUAGGUAUAGGUUAGGUAUAGGUUAGGUAUAGGUUAGGUAUAGGUUAGGUAUAGGUUAGGUAUAGGUUAGGUAUAGGUUAGGUAUAGGUUAGGUAUAGGUUAGGUAUAGGUUAGGUAUAGGUUAGGUAUAGGUUAGGUAUAGGUUAGGUAUAGGUUAGGUAUAGGUUAGGUAUAGGUUAGGUAUAGGUUAGGUAUAGGUUAGGUAUAGGUUAGGUAUAGGUUAGGUAUAGGUUAGGUAUAGGUUAGGUAUAGGUUAGGUAUAGGUUAGGUAUAGGUUAGGUAUAGGUUAGGUAUAGGUUAGGUAUAGGUUAGGUAUAGGUUAGGUAUAGGUUAGGUAUAGGUUAGGUAUAGGUUAGGUAUAGGUUAGGUAUAGGUUAAGAAAAGUUAAAUAGCAAAAUAUAAUAGCAAAUGAAUUUUAAAAUACAAUUGGUAUCAUUGCUCAUAAAAAUGUCAAAGUGCAAUUAAAAAUUUAAAAAUUGCAAAUUAUCUUGAAACAAAAUCAACGCAUUUUUUAAUUCAGUAUUUAAAAAAAAUUAUUUUAGUUUUAGUCAUUGCAUUGACAUUAAAUGUGUUCCAUAAAUUUUUUAAUCUUAUCCUCAAUAUUAUUAAUAAAUUGUGGAUCUCCAGCUCGUAAAACCACGUCAUAUCCAUACAUUCGGUUCACAGCAAUGAAAUGUUUGUCAUCUAGCAAAAGUGUGUCGAGCUUCGAUUGCUAUGUCAAAGCAUAUAGUCGUACAAAUACAACAAUGAAUGUUUUCGUGAAUCUAACACGGCCAAUUUUCGCUGCUAAGGCUCGAUAUGACUUGACCUAUAAAUAUUUGACAAAUUCACAGCGAUCGAUCAUCAACUCAACUCUGGAAAUUUGUGAAUUUUUGAAUGGAACAUCAGCGAAUCCAGUUUUUAAGUGGAUUGUUGGAUUUAUGAAGAACUUUGAUCAAAUGCUGCACGCAUGUCCAUAUACUGGAAAUCUCAUCUUUAAGGACCUUAGUGUGGAUAUAAAGCAAUUUGUAUCUGCAUUUCCAAGUGGCGUUUACAUGACAAUCAUGAAGUUUUUUGAUGAUGUGGAUGAGAAUAUUAUGACACUGAAAUUUUCACAAGAUUUAAUAUCGAAGGAUAGAGAGACUUUUUAGGGGACUUUGAUAACUUCUCACUGCUAAUCACAACAACAUCUAAUCAACCAGUCUAUAAUGCUUGUUAAUUUUUAAUCAAACAAUGUUGAUAAAAAUCAUUAAAAAUAAUUUUACAUCCAAAUUGUCUAAACAAAAAAAUAAACAAUUAUUCACAAUUUUUCUGAACUAUGUUCAGUUUAUGUCACUCCAUCGAAUUCAAAUGUUUUCAGCAACAAUUCUUCUAUUUAUAGCAACAUUUUCAAUAAAUUUUACAUCUCCAGCCCGGAAAGUCACUUCAUAUCCAAUCAUACGGUUCACAACGAUGAAAUGUUGGUCAUCAAAUAAAAGCUUAUCAGGCUACAACUGCUAUGUCAAGGCAUACAGUCGAACAAACACAACAAUGAAUGCAUUUGUGAAUCUUACAAGACCUCUUUUUGCUGUUAAAGCUCGAUAUGAUUUGACUUAUAAAUAUUUGACAAAUUCACAGCGUUCAAUCAUCAAUUCGACGCUAGAAAUUUGUGAGUUUUUAAAUGGAACUGCAUCAAAUCCUGUUUUAAAGUGGAUUAUUGGAUUGAUGGAGAAUUUGGAUCAGUUGUUGCAUGCGUGUCCUUAUCAGGCAAGUUGGUUUAUUGGCUAAUGAGUGUUGUAUGAAGAAUUUUAGGUUUAAUUGGUGUGAAAACUGUGUUUAAGGUGGUCUGACCUUCAAUAGCCGACUAUUUUCUCAGUCAAGGACGUUAAAAUAGAGGUUCAAAUCCAAAACGCCAUUGCCGAAGCUCCUGUUUUAAGUAUACAGACCAAAAAGUACCCAUAAGUUGAUGAUCCUUUUCACUACUUCUCCC